AUGGCACCAACAGCCUGGUGGCAUUCAAUAGUUGGUGGACCGGGAGGAGAGCCAUUCCAACACGUCCUAGUACAUGAUCCAGUCUCAAAAAUUGAAAUAUGGACCAGUUCGGCGGCUUUUUUCCAUGGAGCACAGUCACCAUUAAUUGGCAAGGCCGAGGGAACCUUGAAAUUCUUCACAAUAGCAUAUGGGGAGCUAGUGAUUUCGAUUAUUGCGUACACGAAUGGGAGUUCUUUUGCCGGCGUUUCCAAAGCUACCGACCAAGGGAGGUCAUUCAUGGCUGGUACAAUAGGCCUAAACUCACAUCGGCAGGAUCCUCGCAGCGGUUUCAUCGUCGGUUUCAUCGGUCGAAGGAGUCAUCAAUUCGAUGCAUUCUCACUUGGCAUGUUAGACGAUCUUCAAAGUUGCCUUGUUGAAAUGAAUUAUUUGACGAUGCCAAAAGGGGGGGUGAGCGAUGUGUCGGUGGUGCGAGUGACUAAGGACAACGAAGAAGGGGCGCGUGAUGCCGGUGUCAACAUUGGUGAGUCUGUCUCCACCACGAGCUCUGUAACCACUAGCAAGACGUGGGGAGAAAGCAUGGGGAUAUCUGUUAGUGUUUCAGGCAAGGUCUUUGGAGUCGGUGUCGAUGCCAGCACAGAAUAUACAUAUGGCGAGGAGAGAAGUGAAUCGUCGUCUUAUUCGAUUACUAAGGCGACCGAUAUCUCCGCAGCGAUGCAAGUUCCCCCAGGGAAGAAAUAUCUAAUCACGGCAUUGUAUUACAAGGGCACCUUCGAUGUUGAAUUCCGUCCCAAAUACACAUUCAUGACGAAAACUGGAUUCAGAGCCAUGUUUCCCGAGGGAGCAGCGCAGCCUGUCUCCGGCAUCGCUUCCGGAAACAUGAUAAUUACAACCAACGACAUCACGGACAUGUCUCCAAGUCAGAUUUCUCAGCUUAUCUCUCCAUCAACAAAGAUUGGAGAUAAAUCCACUUCUGAAGCUGAAUUUGAGAAUGUGCUCACGAGAGAAGUCCUGGACAGCAACGCUCGGAAUUUUGCGCAGGAAGUCGGCGUGUCUGCAGAUGAUCAGUAA